AUGUCCUCUGUGCGUGAGAAGGCCGGCCCAGUACACACAUACACGCACAUGGACCGGGAAGCGAAACAGAUCUCCCAGAGCCACGGGGCGGAGGGCCAGCUGGGGAGACGGGCCCUGACCGAGGCAGGGGCGGCCUUCCGAACGCAGCGCAUGACUCGCACAGGGCUGGGCACGGCUUCCUUAAUGGGCUCUGAGAGCAGAUGUGGGGUGCUGGGGAUGGAGGUAAGGAAAGUGGAGCUGGCAGAGAAGCUCAGCACCCAGAAUAAAGUACUGAGUCAGGAAAAAUUAUGGGAAAGGGGAUGUGGUUCUGGGGGCAGGCGGGAGGGAGCCGCCCAGUCCGCUCCGGGUCCUCCUGGCUGGGUCCACUCGGACACGGCGUACGCCUGCCUUGGAGAGGGGAAGCCGGUCCGAGGACCUCUCCGUGACCAGACCGGACACCUCCCACCCAUCCAGCUCCCUGCCCAGGUGGACAUGGGGUCCGGCGCCUGGCGCCUCCUGGUACUAAACCUGCUCCUGCUCCUGCUGGCACGGCCGCUCAGGGGCCAGGCGGGCACACACUGCUAUGGAAUCCCUGGGAUGCCGGGCCUGCCCGGGGCCCCCGGGAAGGACGGGUAUGACGGGCUGCCAGGGCCCAAGGGCGAACCAGGAAUCCCAGCUACCCCUGGGACCCGAGGACCCAAGGGCCAGAAGGGAGACCCCGGCACACCUGGCUAUCCUGGGAAAAACGGCCCCAUGGGGACCCCGGGGAUUCCGGGGACUCCCGGCACCAUGGGCCCCCCCGGGGAGCCGGGUGUGGAGGGCAGGUACAAGCAGAAGCACCAGUCGGUGUUCUCGGUCACGCGGCAGACUGUCCAGUUCCCGGCGGCCAACAGCCUGGUCAAGUUCAACGAGAUCAUCACCAACCCGCAGGGGCAUUACGACAGGGACACCGGCAAGUUCACCUGCAAAGUCCCGGGCCUCUACUACUUUGUCUUCCACACGUCGCACACGUCCAACCUGUGCGUGCUGCUGUUCCGCAGCGGCUUCAAGGUGGCCACCUUCUGCGACCACAUGACCAGCAGCAAGCAGGUCAGCUCGGGCGGCGUGCUGCUGAGGAUGCAGGAGGGCCAGCAGGUGUGGCUGGCGGUCAACGACUAUAACGGCAUGGUGGGCACGGGAGGCUCUGACAGCGUCUUCUCCGGCUUCCUGCUCUUCCCUGACUAGGGAGGGCAGGUCUGCUCUGGUCCCCGGGGGCCGCCCCAUCUCCCCUCAGCUUCCCCGCGAGAACCCACUGUGCUGCAUCCAUGCUCAGGCCCCUCUUGCCACCGAUGGACGCCGCCUCCUCCAGGAAGCCCACCCUGCCCUCCUGCCCUGAGUUCUCUCCCUCCUUCUCCGGUACUGUCGUGAGUGUUUUCCAAGUCCAGGAAGAGGCAGGAGGCACAUAAAUAAAUAAAUAACUAAAUCAA